AUGUGGGUAAGUACUGAAGGAAGAUGAGUACUAGUGAAGCUACAAGACGUGAAUAUGUAGAUUGUGCAGGGCAAUGCACAGAGGAGACUGUAGAAGUCAACCUUGCUAGAUCACAGUGGGGCAUAUGUGGGAGCGUCUGGUUGGUUGAACUUGCUCAAGUGAGGAGCUGGCUCCUGGACAACGACCUUUGGUGCCUUGUGACCAGGGCCCCAAUACAUUAGAUAGAGCCUUCGAGUCUUGGGGAGUUUGGCGCAGGGUUCCCACGGCGGCUCCGCCGGUUGUGAACAACCAUCCACCCUCGAGUUCCAGGCAACCCGCCUGGCCCAGGACGCGGCUCACCUGGCCCUUGUGAGCGGCCGUCCCGGAAAUGACGCGCUGCCCCGCUGGCCAAGCGGAAGUGGAGAUGGCGGAGCUGUACGUGAAGCCGGGCAACAAGGAGCGCGGUUGGAACGACCCGCCGCAGUUCUCCUACGGGCUGCAGACCCAGGCCGGCGGAACCAGGCGCACGCUACUCACCAAGAGGGUCGCCGCACCCCAGGAUGGAUCCCCCAGAGUCCCCGCAUCAGAGACUUCUCCUGGGCCUCCCCCAAUGGGGCCUCCACCUCCUUCAAGUAAGGCUCCCAGGUCCCCACCUGUGGGAAGUGAUCCUGCCUCUGGUGUGGAGCCAAGUUUCCCAGUUGAGUCUGAGGCUCUGAUGGAAGAUGUGCUGAGACCUUUGGAACAGGCAUUGGAAGACUGCCGUGGCCACACAAAGAAACAGGUAUGUGAUGACAUCAGCCGACGCCUGGCACUGCUGCAGGAACAGUGGGCUGGAGGAAAGUUGUCAAUACCUGUAAAGAAGAGAAUGACUCUACUGGUGCAAGAGCUUUCAAACCACCAGUGGGAUGCAGCAGAUGACAUCCACCGCUCACUCAUGGUUGACCAUGUGACUGAGGUCAGUCAGUGGAUGGUAGGAGUUAAAAGAUUAAUUGCGGAAAAGAGGAGUCUGUUUUCAGAGGAGGCAGCCAAUGAAGAGAAAUCUGCAGCCACACCUGAGAAGAAUCAGACCAUACCGGGCUUCCAUCAGGCACCAUGAUCGUCGGUUCCCCAGACUCACCUGACACCAUCUCCUAUGCCUUGGAGGACUUCUCUUACUUGGUUCCCUCUUAGCACCAAUGAGACUGUCCCACUGGGCCUGACCCACUUAUGAGGGAAGAGGUCCCACCUGGGCCAGAGGGAGUUCAUGUGUUACUCAUAACAUGCAUUUCAAUAAAAACAUCUCAGUGGUG